CCUUUUACUUGUGACUCACAGGAAACUACGGUGAGAGUGGGAUGGAAGCCUUCAAAGAUAUGUCGGCUAAGGAGGGGAUCUGCAUUGCCCAUUCCUACAAGAUCUAUAGCAAUGCCGGUGAACAGAGUUUUGACAAGCUGUUGAAAAAGCUAAGGAGCCACCUGCCCAAAGCAAGAGUGGUUGCCUGCUUCUGUGAGGGCAUGACUGUGCGAGGGCUGCUAAUGGCCAUGAGGCGCUUGGGUCUGGCUGGAGAGUUUUUGCUUCUAGGCAGUGAUGGCUGGGCAGACAGGUACGAUGUGACAGACGGGUAUCAGCGGGAAGCUGUUGGCGGAAUAACAAUCAAGCUUCAGUCUCCUGAUGUGAAAUGGUUUGAUGACUAUUACCUACAGCUUCGGCCAGAAACCAAUCUCCGAAAUCCAUGGUUUCAGGAAUUCUGGCAGCACAGGUUCCAGUGCCAGCUGAAGGGGUAUCCACAGGAGAAUACUAAAUACAACAAGACUUGCAACAGCCAGUUGACUCUCAAAACGCAACAUGUUCAAGAUUCUAAAAUGGGAUUCGUAAUCAAUGCCAUAUAUUCUAUGGCAUAUGGUCUUCACAACAUGCAGAUGUCACUAUGCCCAGGCUAUGCAGGUCUCUGUGAUGCCAUGAAGCCUAUAGAUGGUCAAAAACUCCUGGAUUCCCUCAUGAAGACUAACUUCACUGGGGUUUCUGGGGAGGUGAUCUUGUUUGAUGAGAAUGGAGACUCACCAGGAAGGUAUGAGAUUAUGAAUUUUAAGCAAAUGGGGAAGGAUUACUUUGACUAUAUCAAUGUUGGAAGUUGGGACAAUGGUGAAUUGAAGAUGGAUGAUGAUGAAAUAUGGUCAAAGAAAAAUACUGUAAUCAGAUCGGUCUGCAGCGAACCAUGUGAAAAAGGCCAGAUAAAGGUGAUCCGUAAAGGAGAAGUCAGCUGCUGCUGGACCUGUACACCUUGUAAGGAGAACGAGUUUGUCUCUGAUGAAUACACAUGCAAGGCGUGCCAGCUGGGCUCCUGGCCCAACGAUGACCUUACAGGUUGUGAUCUCAUCCCAGUCCAGUACCUCAGAUGGGGUGAUCCUGAACCAAUAGCAGCAGUUGUUUUUUCCUGUCUGGGUCUACUGGCCACCCUGUUUGUUACAGCUAUAUUCAUCAUGUACCGCGAUACCCCAGUUGUCAAGUCAUCCAGCCGAGAACUCUGCUACAUUAUUCUCGCUGGCAUCUGCUUGGGUUACUUGUGUACUUUCUGUCUCAUUGCAAAGCCUCAAAGGAUUUAUUGUUACCUUCAAAGAAUUGGCAUCGGUCUGUCUCCGGCUAUGAGUUACUCUGCCCUAGUAACUAAAACCAAUCGCAUUGCAAGAAUUCUAGCUGGUAGCAAGAAGAAAAUCUGUACAAAGAAACCUAGGUUCAUGAGUGCCUGUGCCCAGUUGGUUAUUGCAUUUAUCUUAAUAUGUAUACAGUUAGGCAUAAUUGUUGCCCUUUUCAUAAUGGAGCCACCCGAUAUAAUGCAUGAUUAUCCAAGUAUCCGAGAGGUCUCCUUGAUUUGUAACACCACCAACUUGGGUGUCGUAACUCCCCUGGGAUACAAUGGAUUAUUAAUUUUAAGUUGCACCUUUUAUGCAUUUAAGACUAGAAAUGUCCCGGCUAAUUUCAAUGAAGCAAAGUAUAUCGCCUUUACAAUGUAUACCACCUGUAUCAUUUGGCUGGCCUUUGUGCCCAUAUAUUUUGGUAGCAACUACAAGAUAAUCACCAUGUGUUUUUCUGUAAGCCUGAGUGCCACUGUGGCCCUCGGCUGCAUGUUUGUGCCAAAGGUGUACAUCAUCCUCGCUAAGCCAGAAAGGAACGUACGCAGCGCGUUCACCACCUCAACUGUGGUCCGCAUGCACGUAGGGGAUGGAAAGUCAUCUUCAGCUGCAAGCCGUUCAAGUAGUCUGGUCAACCUGUGGAAAAGAAGGGGAUCGUCUGGUGAAACUCUAAGGUACAAAGGCAGGAGGCUGGCCCAGCACAAGUCGGAAAUAGAAUGUUUCACCCCAAAAGGGAGUAUGGGAAAUGGUGGGAGAGCUACAAUGAGCAGCUCCAAUGGGAAAUCAGUCACGUGGGCCCAGAAUGAGAAGAGCAGCAGCAGGGGAGCACACCUCUGGCAAAGACUCUCAGUCCACAUCAACAAAAAGGAGAACCCUAAUCAAACCGCAGUGAUCAAGCCCUUUUCGAAGAGCACAGACAGUAGCCGACAUAGCAGCAGCACCACAUUUCCAGAGACCAGUGCCAAAAUGCUUUAUGACGUCUCAGAAGCAGAGGAGCAAUACCCAGCUCAGUUCCAGCCACAGAGCCCCUCACCUAUCAGCACGGUGAGCCACAGGACUGCCUCCAUUAGCCGAACAGAUGAUGAUGUCCCCACAUGCCAGACAGAACAUGCCCAGAGGAGCAGUUCCUCCCAAGGCUCUCUGAUGGAGCAAAUCAGCAGUGUGGUCACACGCUUCACAGCCAACAUCAGCGAGCUGAACUCUAUGAUGCUUUCAACAGCCACACCAGGGGCAAUGGUGGCCACUCCCCUCUGCUCUUCCUACCUGAUCCCAAGAGAGAUCCAGCUUCCUACAACAAUGACCACUUUUGCAGAGAUCCAGCCACUCCCUGCCAUUGAAGUCAAUGGUGCAUCUCAGUCUGCUAGGAAACCUUCAUGUGGCAGCAUCAAAGAGGGUACUUCGGAGGCACCAGCGAUGAAACAAGAUCUUGACGAGUUGGUGGCUUUAACUCCUCCCUCACCUUUUAGAGACUCCAUUGAUUCUGGGAGCGCAUCUCCCAGCUCUCCAGUGUCAGAAUCAGCUCUUUGUAUUCCAUCCUCCCCCAAGUAUGACAAGCUUAUCAUAAGAGAUUACUCUCAAAGUUCUUCUUCAUUGUGAAUGUAGUUCAAGACACCAUUGGAGCUCAACAGCUACAAGCAGGUAGAGCGGGGACAGCCAAGCCUUCAAGGUCUCCAGUCUUUACACAAAUACAGUGAUAGGCAUUGGGUCAUCAUGUGAAGAAUGGUGGGGGCAAUAGAGAAUUAUUCAAUAAAUGGAAACAUCGGAUUAAUUAUGCUUUUUAAAGAAACAAAACUACGAGCAGAUUUUCGUGGCCUUACAAAACAUGGGCUUUUAAGAAACACUGCAUAUAUUUUUGAGGGCUUAUAAGGAGUUUGUUAAAUCAGUUACAUACCAAGUGCUUUGCUUUAGUAUAACAAUGAACUGUGUGUAUAAUAUAUGAAAAAAGUAGACUGUAAGCAACUGUACAAUGUUUUCUUUAUUUACUCUGAAUCCUUACCCAGAAGUGAACCUUGAUCUAUUAUCAAGAAUAGAAGACCAAACAUUGAAUGUACAUUUUCUAACAGACUCAAAAUCUGGCACCAAUAUGUCAGGCUCUUUUUUUUCUAUGAAGAUCUCAAAAAGCAGUAACGUAUGUUUAGUAACUACCAAACUUUUGCUGAAGCGUAUCAUGCUGGUGAUACCCUACGUGUAGAUAAAAAUUAACUGUGGCUUUGCAAUGUGUCACUGCAAUAUGGAGGGCUUUACAAGUGACUUCUCAAACUACAGAUUUGUUUAUGAAAUUCUCUUCUAUAAGUAUUAAAAGUUCAAUUUAUUAACAUUGGAUACACCUUCAUUAGCAACAAAAUGUGAGGACGAUUUCCUGACUCUUUCACCACAUUGCCAGCCAAUGAUGGAGUAGCAAAAAAUAUUUUCUGGAGCACUGUUUUGUAAUUCCCUUAUCAGGACAAGUUGUUGAGGAGAAUAUUAUGUUUCUAGCAGUAUUAUUGAGCUAUAGCCUAGCUGCAUUCCCUAGUGAAAUUAACACAUUUUUAUGGUCAUUCUUAUGGUAAUAUUGCCAGUUAAAAUACUAUACUUCUUCAGGCUCCCAUAUCCUUUGCUUUUAAGGAACCAGGUAGACACUCUGGUUUUUCUCAGUUAUUAUGAAGGUAGAAUACUGAGAAAGCAGUCUGGAUUAUGAUGAACUAAUACUAUCGAUGGAAGGAUUGUCAUGAUCAUAAUUCAUUUACGAAAAAAACCCUGUGUCAAAGUCUGCUUAGAGGUGGUUUAGCUACUCUUCAAUAAGCAACAAUUUUAACUCUAGUUAGCUGCGGAUGCAUUGCAGCUAUGAACUGUGACAAAAGAAGAUUUUCAAAGCAAUACAGAGUGUAUGUUCAAACCAGGGGGACCUAAUGAGAUACAAACUAUCGGAGUCUUUCUUUGUUUCUUAGCAUCUCAUAGAAGAGGUGAGGGAAUUAUUGAAUUUUUUUUUCCUGUAUCAAAGUACAGUUUAGUACACUUCAUGCUGCCAUAGCACUUUUUAAAUACAUACAGGAAGAGAUUUAAAGUUUGAAUAGAAGCAAAAUAAUUUUUGAUAGCUAUGAUAGCUAUGUUGAAACAGUGAACACUAUAAUUUGCUUUCUCCCUUCCCUCUCCCAAGGACACAGCAAUCCUCAGGUGCCAAAAUGUUGUGUUUUUUCUUAUAAAUAAGGAUAGUAUGAAGGGGCAGAUGAUUAACUGUAAUUCAAAGUCAAGUUGAUGCAUCCUUGUACAGAAGAUAGCCUUGUGGAAGGAAGCCUGGAAUAAGGCUGCUGUGUAUUAUUUUUUAAACCCUGAAUCUUAUUUCUUUGCAGAUCUGCAAAUACUUUUCAAUCAAAAUGUAUUUUUUCAGGCAUUUUUUUUUCAUUCAUGAAAAAAGGUAUAACAACUAUAUGAUUAAAAAGUGAAAGAACAUUUGUUCAUUUCCGCAGAGUAUUGCUAUUCUAUUUUUACAUUAGCUCUAUCAUUAUUUUAUACCAUGAAUCCCAAUUCUCCAUUCAAUUAAUUUUUUGUAACAAAAUGAUACCAGGUUAACACUAUAAAAUAACACCCUCAGCUAAACCUGAUCCAGUACAUUUUGCUCAAGGAAAAGUAAUUCUUUGUUUAACUAGCUGCCUGUGUCUUAUGAAACACAGACCUUUUAACUUUUCUUAGUCCAUCUGGAAAAAUGGGCAUUUUAAAUCAGGAACACCUUGAUGUAACGCUGUCCUUGGGAGCCAAAAAAUCUUACCGCUUUAUAGGUGAAACCGUGUUACAUUGAACUUGCUUUGAUCCACCAAAGCGCGCAGCCCUACGCCCCUGGAGCACUGCUUUAUCGUGUUAUAUCCAAAUUUGUGUUAUAUCAGGUGGUGUUAUAUCGAGGUAGCAGUGUAUAUGUUCUUAGUAGGGACUCUAGACCGUUAUGAAACUAUCUGAAAUAUUGUACAUGGAAGAUUUGCAAGGUACUGUAUAUGUUUUCCUUUAACACAGAACUGCUUUGAUUCAUGGAUAGUUUAGGUGGGUGGUUUACCUGCAUUUCAAAGGGACUAUAUUAUUGUAUUAUAUAUUAAGUCAUUGCCAAAUAUCAUUAACAGAGCCCCCCCCUCCCGCCCCUUAAACAACUGCCUCAGUUGUAUAGCCUGCCUUUCUCAUGCUUGCAGGUACUUACACAAUUAUUCCUCAAUGGGAUUGCUUGCAUGAGAAAGUGAUUACAGUGUAAGUAAGGAUUGUACAAGUGGUCCCUUAAAAUGUGUUGUUAAUCAGUUUUCUUUAAGAAAAAAGGAGAAGUAAGAAGGGAAGGCUAGCAAAUCAUGAUUCAAUAUAAAUAAUGCAUUCACUGUUACACAGCUCCUAGGUCAUAAUUCUGAAGAAUCAUUCAGUCUAGCUGGCCAUAGUUGCUGUUCAGAGUUUGUUAAUCGUUUUUAUAUUGCCAAGAAUGCAUUCAUCCCUAGGUUUAAUGGUUGGGUAGCACUUCCAUCUAUUGGUUGAUUAGGACCCUAACAUUAUACUAGCCAUCUUUUAAACACUCCUUGCUUUUGUCACUAAGGGUUCACUUUCCUUGUACUCCUGUUUGCUAUAGAGGAAGUUCUGCAUGCACAAGGAAUGCAAGACUGGCCCUGUUGAGACCAUACUUUUCUUCUCUGUUUGACUUCCAAGACUUUGAUAUCUAAUCAGCAAUGAAGAAUAGCUCAUUAUUAGUACUAGGCAUGGAAUGGUAGAACACAUUUUGUUGGGCAGGCUGGUCCUUGGAAGAUUUACAUGAAUUUUAUAGGAGAGAGGAGAGGUUGUGGGAAUAAUGAGGAGCAACACAAAGGACUGAGGCAUUGUAAGAGUAUGGAACUGUAGGGUACCAAGCAAGAGUCUAGAGGAUUUGGUGGAGGAAGGGAGAGAAAUUGGGGGUUCUAAUAAUUAUUUUCACUGCACCACUAGUAUACUAUAUUCUUUACAGGGAGAUGUGAAGACAAGGUCCCCACCUGGAAGACCUCACAGUCUGAAUAAACAAUGUGCAAGUAGAUGAUGGGUUACCUUCCAGUUCUGCUGCUGGAAAGGAAGUUGUUUACACUGCAGGGGAAACACUAACAUUCUUGACAGUGAAGACGCCUGGAAAAAACCACACUUGUUCUGAAGGGCAGCCCUGGGAGAGUGCAGGCCUGACCCCUCUCUGGAAGGCAUGCUAUUGAAACAAAGUGAACAACUACAGCAGCCCAGCUACAACCAUUUGUGUAAAGUACUAGAAAAAAUGAGGCAGAACUGUAUUUGAAAAUUAGCUGUUUAUUGUAUGACUUUGGAGAUGUAUCCCUUCUAUUUCUCAUCUAAAAAUAUUGAAGAUACUUUGUGAUUGGCCUCCUACAGAUAGCUUAGACCAGAGGUUCUUAGAUCAUGGUCCAUAGAGCACUUGCUGAUGGCUCUUGAAAACCUAGCAAUCCACAUGGUGCUGGCUCCUUCUCCUGACUUUCUGUUGUGAAACUACAUUAAAAGACAGCUAAAAAUAUGUUAAAUACUUUCCUUAACUUACUUGGGCAGAUAUGCAAUUGCCGUGGUUGGUACAGGAAUGUUUGUGAUCACAAAUGGAGGGGAAGUCAUCUAUGUGAGUGUGAUUAGGAGGAGAGGUGAUCCAUGAGUCAGUCUCUGGAUUAUCAUGUGGUUCACACUAAAACUUUUGGGAACCUUUACCUAGAGAGCAAAAGAGACUAGAUAGAGAACAUAGGUGCAAAUGUUGACGCCCAAGAGAAAAUUAUCUUUAUGCUCCACCCCCUACCAGACAGAAGAAGAGAAAAUAGGGGAAGAUUUUAUCGCAAAUGCCAGUUUCUGAGAAAAGUCAGAUUACUGUGCUUGUGAUGAGUAAUUAUGGCUAGAUCGUUAUCUCAACAGACACCAGUGGAAAUCCACUGAGGUCAAUGGAGUUACUCCAGGUUUAUGUCAGUGUAAAUGAGGUCUGAGUCUAGCCAUGACCAGUGAAGUCUAGACAUUGACUCUUUACUCCAGAAGGGGAUGGUAGGAUCCAUACACCAUAAAUAGUUGAUUAGAUUAAUUCUUAAGAGAACUCUUCUAGUUCAGUUGCUAGAACCUUCCUUAUGGAUUUGCUUUACCACUUUCCUAGCAGGUAUCCCUAUAGACAAGUAAAAUUGUGGUUGGAAAUGUCAAAGGUUGUGAGGAUAAUUUAUCCAUAAGUAGGAAACAGGCCAUGGCUUUACUGCAGUUUCCUGAUUCCCAGCAAGAGAAUUAAAAUGUUCCCCCAAGAAUCAUAUGCUACACUCCCAGUAUAUAUGACACAUAUAGGACACUUUGACUGAAGUCACUUUUUUGCUAUGGCUUAUCAAUACACCUAAGCUUUGAAAUCUCUGUAGUUACCAUUUACAAUUUUAUACUGUGACAAGAAUAAAUAAAUAAAUAAAGAAUACAGAUCAGUGAAACAUGAGAGUAAGUCAGAAAUUCAUCUCCUUGAUGAAUUGGCAUAGGUGGCUGGUUUUCUCUUGUCUGAGCAAUGACAGUGUAAACUCUAAAUAAUAAACAGCUGAGUCACUCUGAUCUGCCAAAUGGGAAUAAAUAUACUAUGUAUAUUACAUGUAUUCUUAGAGUUCAAUGGCAGCUGCUGGUGGUAUUUGUAAUUAGAACUCUAUAUAGAAUAUAGAUGUUUUAGAGAAACGGUGCCAAUUCUAAAAGAUUUGUGUGGGCUACAAGUGCUUGUAAUUAUUAUUAUUUUUUUUUUAUUUGCUAAUAACUUAUUAUGAAAAUCUGGUUUUAAACAUUCUGUGAGUGUUUGUCCCUUUCUUAUGUUGCUGCUUAUACUAUUAAAACAAUAGAGAAUGUAAAAUUAUUUUGAUGUGAACUGAAAAAGAUUUUUCAUAAAAUUUAACAUUUUUAUCAGCUUUGGUUUUGCGGUCUACUUGUAGAAAUGUAAUUUAUUUUAGCAUUUAAAAAUACAUUUGCUUGUUUCUCGGUUGUCUACAUCAUGUUAUAGUUGAUGUUUAUGUAAA